AUGUUCGUUAAAUUUGUUUUGGAUACAUCGAUAUGCAAAGCAAAUACUUCAGGUUUUGUCAUGGAAGAGGUUAUCGAAUGUGAAAAUCAAAACCAUGGUUCUGAACACGAGAAUGCCUGCGGUGGUGUGAUAGAAUAUCCAAACGGUACUAUUACUUCACCAUCAUUUCCAGCACUUUAUCCUAUACUAAAGGAAUGUAUAUGGGAAAUUAUUGCACCGCCAAAACAUAAAAUCUCUCUCAAUUUCACACAUUUUGAAUUAGAAGGCACCACACAUCAGCACACAGAUUGUGGUUAUGAUUCGGUCACAAUUUAUUCGAAACUCAGCGAAAAUCGCCUUAAACGUAUUGGCACCUAUUGUGGAAACGCCAUUCCACCCACAGCCACUUCAGAGGGCAAUGCUUUACGUGUAGAAUUUCAUUCCGAUAAAUCAGUGCAACGUAGCGGGUUUGCUGCGGUUUUUUUUACCGACAUAGAUGAGUGUUCCCUUAAUAACGGUGGUUGUCAGCAUGAAUGUCUCAAUACAAUUGGAUCCUAUAUGUGUUCAUGCCACAAUGGCUAUUCACUGCACGAGAAUGGACAUGAUUGUAAGGAGGGCGAAUGUAAACAUGAAAUUUCCGCACCAUUCGGUACUAUCUAUAGUCCCAAUUUUCCGGAUUUGUAUCCACCAAAUGCUGAUUGUGUUUGGCAUUUCUUGACAACUACAGGACAUCGCAUCAAAUUAAUUUUCAACGAAUUCAAUGUGGAAUCGCAUCAGGAAUGCGCUUACGAUAAUGUGGCAAUAUACGAUGGCGAGUCUGAAAGCAGUUCGCUUUUGGGACGUUUCUGUGGAGACAAAAUACCAUAUCCGAUAUCAUCUUCCACAAACCAAUUGUACAUGGUAUUGAAGACAGAUAAAAAUAAGCAACUCAAUGGUUUCACAGCAAUGCACUCUACUUCAUGUGGCGGAUACUUACGUGCAACAAAUCAAAUUAAACAAUUUUAUUCGCACUCGCGUUUCGGCAAUCACAACUACAAUGAAAACAUGGACUGUGAGUGGACAAUACAAGCACCACCGAGCAGCAAUGUACAGUUGUUGUUCCUAACGUUCGAUAUUGAAAGCAGUGAAAAUUGCACUUACGAUUACGUGCAAGUUUAUUCUGGAAUGGAGGAUACAAGUGGCCCCAUGUAUGGACAAUACUGUGGAAACACGCUUCCUCAGGAUAUAAUAUCCUUAACUGACUCUUUGUUGGUGCGUUUCAAGACGGAUAAUUCUGUUACAUUAAAAGGGUUCUCGGCAUCCUAUGUAGCUGUCGAUCCUUUUGAUAACAGUGAAGAGGAUAUUAACUCAUCCAGCUUUGAGAUGGUGACUCCAUUUCCAGGCUCACUCAAAAGUAUCUAUAAAGUAGAUGAAACACAAGAGUCAUACGAGUACAGUGAUUUCAUGGAAAAUCAAUUGAUUGACAGCAGACUAAGAAGCAGAUAUUAAUUU